GCAAAUUCGAUCUGAACUAUAUUGUGUUUGAUCGUAAAGAAACUUCCGGAUGGAAUUCUCUCCCUAAUUACAUGAUUUAGUGUAAUUUGGUAAAGAAAGUUCUUAUCUUAUUCACAAGACAAUGAGUAAUAAACACCAACCCAGCAAACGCGGCGUUAAAAGCAAAGUGCAUCACCCGGCGACAGAUUUUAUACCGCUAGGCUCCAAAUCUUCGUCCUCAAAGAGUGAUCCACCGCCUCCGAAGGCGUCUUCUAGCUCAAAAUCAGAGUCGAAGAGUUCUAGCGGAAAGAAAUCUAGUUCAUCCAAAAGAGAAGGUAGCUCUUCAUCUGGUAUAUCACACAAAAAACAAAAACUUUCAGCCGAACCACCUGGUAGAGCCUCUCCACAUUCCCAAGCUAGAGAUUUAGAAAAAAUAGCUGAGGACAUUGAUCCUGAGACAUUUUCAACAAAUAUUAACGAUGCUUUAGAAAAAAAUGAUUCAGACAAAAUAGACGGACUAAUUUGUGGUGCUAUCAAAUACCUUAAAAUACACAAAAACAAGGAAACAUUUCCUGAGGAUAUAGUGUUUACUCUAAACACUUUGGCAUCAACUCAAAAACAAAUAUUUGUUAAUUCGAAUAGAAUCAUUGAGUCAUUAUGCACUGUUUUGAGAAAAGAAACUUUAAAAUCUCGUCAUGGAGGCGAAUUAGCUGAUAUGGUUUGUAGCAUUAUUAUGACUUCAUAUUCUAAUGAGGAACCCUGGCCAGAUUUGUUUAUUAAGCUUUGGCUUGAUGAUGCAAUUGGAGACAAGCUUUGGAUUAAUAGAAAUGAAUGCGCUGAAUUUUCAGCUAGUUUAAAAGCUGCUUUUGGUACGAAAAUACCGCCGGGAGUUGUUUUGGAGGAAAGUAAUAGUGGAAAAAUGUCAAGAGUAAAGAGUAUUAAAGUAUCUAGCGCAACCUCUUCUCCCUCAUCAAGUCCAAAGUCAAAUGAAGAAAAGAUGGACACAACUGAAUCGAAUGUAUUUAGCAUACCUGAUUUUGACCCUUUUUCAAGAUAUGAUCAACGUACUGUUAAUAAUAUUGUUGAUGGAUUCAUAAAAGAAGUUCUUACUAAAAGACAUCCGUAUGAAACGGAUGCAAAAUCUCUAAUUCAAGUAAUGUGUUAUGCUUCCGGAGUUCCUGGCGUUAGACUUUCUGCAGCACAAAAGUUAGACUUAUGGUUAAAUAAUCCGAAAUAUCUAAAGGUCGCGCAAGAUUUGAUGCUUUGUAUUUGUUACAAUUGUAAUGAAUUUUCUCAAACUGAUGUUGAUACCAUGAGUGCAUUAGUGAGAAUACGUUUGAAGAGUAAAGCGUUUACAUCGUCAUUCACAACUGCGAUUCAGAUUCUUGUUCAACAACACCCAGAGAACUUGAAUACGAUAAUGACGCAAACAGUUUAUAAUGAAUUCUCACAAAAUCGUAAUCCGAAUAAUAUGUCUCUGUUGGUUGCAAUGUGUCAAGCUGAGUGUAGAAAUGGACCUAGAGCUUUAGGUGUUAUUUUUCAGGACUUCUUUUUCCAUAAAGAUGAUUUUUUGAAAGCUAUAAGACUAUUGUUACGGGAGGUUGUUAGAUGGGCAAAGCAAGAUUUAAAUUUAUCGGAAUUAGUGCGUAGUUUUUUUACUCCUGAGCUACAGGAGAAAUUCAAUAACUCGAACAUAGAAAAAGCAACUAAGAUUAGAUGCAUACAUAGCAUCACUGAUUUAAUAACUCAUUGCUGCCUAUUACUAAUAACUCCUGCAGUACGAGAGGCAGCUGGAUCCUGUUUUAGAGGAGAUUUUAAAGAUUUUAACGUCAUUGCCGAAUUUCAUCAAACAAUAGCUCAAAUUCAAUGUGAUUGUAUGCAAUGGUUUCAUAGUAUACAGAAAGUUUGUAAUUUAAAUGCUGAUCAAUUUAUUGGAUGUUUACGUAAAGCUCUCUUUAUGGAGAAGUUUGAUGUUUAUAGUAAAGUUGACGGCUGGCCUCCUGAACAAGAAAGGAACGUUAUGUUGCGAAUCGUUUCUGAAGUUCCUGUUCUAGAAGAUACAAUAAUGUGGACCCUCCUACUUGGUUUAGGCGCCUCAUACCCUCUAACGCCAUCUGAUGCUCUUGAUUUGGCUGAAAGAAUGAUAAGGAGAUCGGCUCUUUUAUUCGCUGAUCAGAGACACAAAAUUCCUUCUUAUUAUAAAAUUCUUGAAUUUAAGAAAUUGGAUUUGAUCAAAUUACUUAUUGAAUUAUGCGUUUAUAAGCAUCCUGAACGUUAUGCAAUGCCAAAAGACUAUUCACCUCCUCAAUUGGCUGUUACACUAAAUUAUUGGAAAAUAUGGAUAAUUCUUUUAAUAUUGAGCGGUUUCAAUCCUGAAAAUUUCGGGAAGGAGGGCUGGUAUGAUUAUCCACAAUUGAAAUGUUUUAUGGAGAUGGUUAUCACGCGACAAAUUACUUUCCCUCCCCCAACAAUGGCACCUGAUGCUAAUAAAUUACAAGAGAUUUAUGCUCGAGAAAAUCAAAUAAAGAGCAUUGAGCAAGAAACUAUCCUUGAAUAUGAAAAUCAUUUGGCUACUGAAACUAUAACGAAAGACAAUUCUCUUCUUCUGUCGAUGACUAUGUUAUUACAAUCCAAAGGACCUGCGAGAGCACCUCCUCAGGCAGUUUUGGAUGAUAUCUCUCGACUCGUUACCCAGUAUCAUUUAGGCAUGAUGUUGUGUAAAAGCAGAGAUCCAGAUUUUCUGUCAGAAUUAAUUCAAACUCAAGGUACAACACAGUCGCGACCGUGGUUGGCUGAACUUGUUGAAUCUAAUAAUGGAGCCCUGGAUCACCUACCUGUUCAGUGCCUAUGUGAAUUUCUUUUACAUGAUACAUCGAUAGAAGAGGAAACUAGUGAUUGGUUUGAAGAUACUUCGGAAAAGACAUCGAUUAAAGUGAAAUCUGAUAAACAGGCCUUGUUAUUAGACCAAUUGCAGGGACUUUUAUAUAACGGUACUUGUGAGACUGGUCAAAUAGAGAAUAUUUUGCAAUUUUUUUUACAAAGAUUGCUCUCACCGUCUAAAUCUGCCAGAUUACUAGCAACUAAAGGAUUAUCGCAAAUAAUUACAAGGAAAUCAUCUGAUUCCAGCGAUGAAGAAAGUGAAAUGGACAAUGAUGAUAAAAAUCCAAUGUCAAAACUUCUACCAAAUUACAGAUGGCUUUUUGAACAAUUACCUAAGAUUCAAAAAUUUGAAGAAUUGCGACAAGGAAUUUGCGAAGAGCUUGUUCAAGCAAUUCGAUUAGAAUCUAAUAGUACUACGGUUUCGGCCUAUAUUGUAUUCCUCUCUUCUCAGUCUUAUAAAUUGAAUUUUCCAGUUAUUGAAGCAAUUGCAGAUGCUCUCUCCGACAUUCUAAUCAAUCGGGUUUGUAUGGCAAAACAUUUACUUAUUCCUAUAUCUAACUCUGAAAACGAAGUUCAACGAACUACACUAACUAAAGAAUCAAUUAUACAACUCAUGUAUUCGUUAUUACAUGCAUCAUUCGUAACAAACGACGAAGAAAUCGCAUGGAAGGAAUCGGAUGUUAAAAUUCGUUUAGAGUUUAAAAAUGGAUCAGAAGCUAUUCUGAAUAUGGAUUAUGUUCAAGCAAUGAUAAUUUUAUUAUCUUAUGGUAAACCUAAAGGACUAAAUUCUUAUUACGAUGAACUAUCUGAUUAUUUGCUACCUGAUAAAUCAACGGUUGUACGUGCUUUUAAACUAAACACAAUGGAGGUAGCUUUAUUGCUACCUGAUUGGGUGAGAAUACGACUAAUUACAUCAUCUGUUGAAGAAUUAGUUGAUAUUGUUUUAUCUGAUAUAACAAUGCCUCAACUAAUUACUGUCAUUCAAAGUUUCGGUAUGUCAAUUCAAAAUGUUGAAAAGUUAAUGCAUAAACUGGAAUCUAUUUUGGACGAGGAAGGCGAAGAGCUAUUAUCAGAAAACAAGUAUAGAUUAAGAAAUCAAAUACGCGUUGCUUAUCGUAGUGGAAUAAAAGCACCUAAAACCUAUAAAGUAUUAGGUUUCUCCUCUGCUGACAAAAAAAAUUCCGUAUCGCAAAGCAUUGUACCUAUAACUUUGAAAAGAGAUGAAGAAAUGCAAGAAAUCUCUCAUUCAAAUGUUAAUAAGAAAACUCUGAAAAGUCAACUAAAUAAGUCUAUUGUCAAUAGCAAAGCCAACAAUUCAGGUACAUCUUACGAAACCAUUAAGAACGUCAUCAAAUUCUGCAAUAACAAAGAACAAGCCUGCCUUGUCAUAAAUACACUAAUUACAUUAGCUGAACAACAUAAGAGUAAAUUUUUUGAUGGAUUUCAAAAACAAGAUAAAGUGCUAGUAAAUUUAUUAAGAACUUUAGAAGUAUUCGAUAAAGAUGAGACAAAUUUUAAUGAAUUGUCAUCAAUUUUACGAGAAGGACUAAGUGAUUCGAAUAAUUUGGUUGUAAAAUUCAUUAAUGAUCGUUUAGAAAAAAUGAACGAAAGUGAAACAAACGGUUUUGGUCAAAAAUUAAAUGCGAACAUUUUAAACAGUAUUGAGAAUGGAAAUAUAAGUGAAACUGUUUCAAAAAUCUGUGGAAUUCUUAUGAAUAAAGAAUUAAGAGAUUUAUUAGCCCCUUCGACGAAUAAUCUUUUAAUUGAUUGGUUAUUAAUCCUUGAUCCGGAACUAACACAUAUCUCACCAUCCUACGAGCAUAAAUUAAUAUUUGGUCAACAUUUUGCUUCAUUAAACAAGAACUUACAACAUUCAAAUUUAUUAUUGAGUUUAUUGAUACAUAAUUCUUCAUUAGAUACUUUAAGCAACUGCUUAGACUCCUUAUUAUCCGGUGGAUUAGAAUUAUCUAAUCCAACGAGUAUUUUAGAUUUCUUUACAGCACUCUUACAAUUGCCUAAAGUAUGGCAAGGGAAAGAAAAGAGGCAAUCAAUAAACGCACCUAAAGAAGAGAUCUUAACAUUAACCUGUCAUCAAGCAUGCAAACUAAUCAAUUUUAUAAUAGAAGAAGCUAAAUUAACAAGUUCAAAUUCAACAUUAACCUUUGACAUUAAAGAAAAAAUUAGCUCAAGAUUUAAAGUUAUAUGGAAAUGUUGCAAAGCGAACAGUAUUCGUGAUAUACUUAGUCAAUUACACAAAGAAUUUAAAUCAACUAUUAAAACUGACGACAUAAAAGCGUCAGUUGUUAAACAUUUAGUUUUGGAAAUGUAUGUAGAAAUACCAAAUAUUGCCGAGCUGGAUAAAGAAAUUUGCGACUAUGUACUUGAAAAUUUCCCAACUAUCAAUUCGUUGAGCCAAUUAGAUAAGACAACACAUCACAUUCUCAGCGCUUUGGGUGGACAGAAAACUUCGGGUUAUGAUGCAAAUAUUGCAUGUAGAAAAUUAGCAACUCUUCACCCACUUUUACUAUUAAGACAACUACCAUUACUCGAAGCUCAAAUGGCUGGAAAAUCAUUUUUUACUUCUAGACAAUUGAAGCAUAAAAAUUAUCAUAUUUUAUACGCGCAAGUUUUAGGACUUUUAGAACUACUACAGCCAUUUAUUUUUCAUAUGAGCUAUUCAAAGUCAUUAGAUGGAAUUAUUACAGGAUAUUUCGAUUUAUUUGGACAACAUUUAGAGGAGAUGAAAACGCCGUUGUUAACAUUACUCAAGAAAUUUAUAAAAUUUUUGGAUGUUUAUCAUUCUUAUCGUCCGUCUGCAACAAGAAAAGUUUUGAAAAAUUAUGAAGAAUUUCUAGUUAAUUUAUCAAACGAUUAUCCAGAAAUACCAGACACUCAAACGCUCUUAUCCGCCUUAUCUAAACCUUUAGGCAAAGCCGAAAAGGAACGAAACGUACUGCUUCGCAGCGAAUCACCUGUUAGUUUAACUACUGCCCAACAGAAUUUGGUUAAUUCAAUUAAUCAAAACACGGGUACAUUGGAUAUAUUAGAAGCUCUUAAAGACGUUGAUAAUAUCUCUAAAUUAAGUGCAGACAUACUGAUACCUAUUCGAGAUCAAUUGAAAACACUUAUGGUUACCAAAGAAGAAACUAUUCGUAAUCUUACUUUAAGUCUUGCAAUGAAAUUAUUAAGGGAAAAUCCUUCAAUGAGUGAAGAGUUUGUAAACCCUUAUUUGAAUAUGUUGGACCAAAGUUCGUCUAUUGUAGAGUCGGCUGUUAAGCAUUUACCGGAGUUUGCUUUGUUAGCAAAAGAAUAUGCCCCCGAAAUUUUAAAGAAAGCAUUUGUCGUCUCUUUGUCUAAUUCAGAAGUGACUUCAGCUAUAACAGAUGCUCUCAGAGUUCUGAAUCUCGAUACUAUUUGUGCAUCUAAAGAUUAG